UAUAACUUACUGCUUUAAAUUCUUGCUAUGGCUGUACCUCUGCUAAAAGUACAGGGAUAUCAGCUGAGCAGAAUCUGCUUAGAAAGAGUAUUUAGAUACUGGUGAGGGAUCCUGCUGCUACAGUGAGCAAUUAAGGUUCCCAUAAUGAAGUCACUUCAAUUAGUAUGCUGUGUCCACUCAAAACAUUGGCUUGCAGAUACUAAAUAAACUAAGGGGUCCAACUGCCUCGUUGCCAGAAACUGGUGCUCACAUGGUGCUGUUGGUUGAAGGGCAAACAAUCCUCAAAUCUGGUUGAUUUGAGCUGUGCAUGAAAGUGUUUGAACACAUCUGGCUGACUUCCUCUGAAGUGGGUGAGGGAGGGCUCCUGCAGUCCUGUUAUCCAGCCAGGCUGUGAGAAGGCUCCCAGUGAUGUAAGGCUGGAGAUGUGGCUGUGAUCUAAGAACAGAGGUGAAAUUUUCAGUUGUAUGUUUUUUUUAAUGUCAUUGGAGAAGCUGUGAGAUGAAAUGUUUGGUUAUAAUUAUAGCUAGACUGAAUGUGCAGUAUAAAUUCUAAUUAUAGAUUACUUUUUUUUUUUUUCAUUGUUUCACCCCAGUCUUGUGAAAAUGCCAUAGUGUGCUGGAAACCUGGCAAAAUGGAAGAUGAUAUAGAUAAAAUCAAGCCCAGUGAGUCAAAUGUAACCAUACUUGGGAGAUUUGACUACAGCCAGUGUGAUAUAUGGUACAUGAGGUUUUCAAUGGAUUUCUGGCAAAAGAUGCUUGCUCUGGGCAAUCAGGUUGGCAAACUUUAUGUUUGGGAUUUAGAAAUAGAGGAUCCUCAUAAAGCCAAAUGUACAACUCUUACUCAUCCUAAAUGUGUCGCUGCCAUUCGACAAACCAGUUUCAGCAGGGACAGCAGUAUCCUUAUAGCUGUGUGUGAUGAUGCCAGUAUCUGGCGCUGGGACAGACUACGAUAGGUGACUUUUUCUUAGGUGAAAGUAGAAAAUAUAUUUUCAAAUUAUAAUAUAGUCUGUUAACUUGCUAGUACAGUAGAUGCAUGUAGUGUAGACUUCCUCGAAGGUUCAGCAGACUGGAGCUGAACUUAGUGAUGUUUACAUUCUGUUUAUUGUUCUGCUUGAAAUUGCUGCUUUUAAUAAAAAGAAGUAUUUUUGUAAAGUUU